AUGAAUAAAGCACAAACAACAUUUAAUAUAGAAGGAGUUAAUGUUGGUCUGAGAGAAAUGUUUAGAAGAGUAAUUUAUUCAAGAAAUUUUGAAGAACUAGAAACAUUUAAUGAACAAAUUCAAUUAAUAAAACAAUACUGUCCAGUAGCAAAGAAUGAAGAAAUAGCAGUUGUAAUGAAUUGUACAUUAAGAGAUGUAGAAAGAAUAACUAAUCCAGAGAAUAAAGAAAUUGAUAUUUCAAAUACAGAUACAAUUACAACUGAAGAUACAAUACCAUCAUUAAAAACAAAUGAAGAAGCAAUUAAAGAUAUUCAACAAUUAUCGAAAGAGAUUAUUGGAAAAGGAAUUGCAUUUACAGAAAAUUCAAUACAGUGUUAUGUUGAAGACUAUUGUGAAGGAGUUAAUUUAACAUUUAAUGAAUUAAAUUUAAAUCGAAGAAAAGUAAAAAUAUCAAAAGUAUUAAAUCAACCAAAUGAAAAUGAUAUUAAAGGAUAUUAUCAUUUAUUAAAAGAAAAGGUAGAAGGAAUUUCACCACAUUUUAUAUUUAAUGUUGAUGAAUUUGGAUUUCAAUUAAAAAUAUUUGAUGAUAAUAUUGUUGUAAGAACAAAUGAUCAUCCAAAAAAAUUACAAAUUGAAAGAAAAAGUAAAAUGUCGCAGUUAUUAUGUUGUAUUUGUGGUGAUGGAAGUUCUUUUCCUCUUUAUUGUGUUGUUAAUAAUGACCACACAAAAAAAAGAAAUAACAAAAAAUAUAACAAAACAAAUUAA